CGGAACUAGAGGCGCAUCAUCAAUCGCGUCACAACCUCAGUACUAUACCGACUCCGCCCAAGAUACCUGUCGAAGCAACCAACUCUGCGACGGCCGACCUUCCUUCAAGUUUACAGUACUACAAGCACCUGCAGGCACCGGACAUUUUUUUUUCGUAUCCGACGUAUUCUGCCUCAAUAAUUCGUUUCUGCCCGCAUUGCACCCCACAGGAACCGACUAGACGGGCAGUGCUGCAUGCGACCACAUUCGAAAACUUUUUCCGCCAUUCGCCACUAGCUCGGGCAAGGUCUAUUCAGGUAGCUUGAGCUCAGCCUAGGCUCAAGCCCUAUCGAGCUUUCGCCAAGUACGCAGAACUUUGAGCUGCAUCCGGAGUCUCGGCACAUCGUCACCUUUCUACGACCACCAAAAUGAUGGACAGCCCACAGGCAACAGCAACGCUCGUCAAGAGUUAUGUGAGCGAAGACAGGGUAGACCGGCCACCACUUGCACAAUCCCGCGAGAUAGGGGGUGCCGUACCAAUCGGGAGGCCAGAGGGAGCCCAGGCCCUGAACUUUGCAAAGUCGUGGUCGCAUUUUGUCGCAGGAGGAAUAGGAGGUAUGACAGCAGCAGCCCUCACGGCACCAUUGGAUGUGCUCAAGACGCGACUGCAAUCCGACUUUUACCAGCAACAAAUACGUCAGCGCAAUGUAGCAGUUCAGAGCUUCAGCGGCCUGACCGGUCCGUUUCGCAUGAUGCACUUCCACCUAGGCGAGACCUUUGCGAUUUUGGGUUCAGUGUACAAACAAGAAGGGCCGCGUGCGCUCUUCAAGGGCCUCGGGCCCAAUUUGGUCGGCGUUAUACCUGCAAGGUCAAUCAACUUCUUUACAUACGGGAACAUGAAGCAGUUAUUAUCCGGCCAUUUUAAUGGCGGAAUCGAAGCUGACUGGAUCAACUUUGUGUCAGCCAUGACUGCUGGCGUCGUUACAUCAACUGCCACGAACCCGAUAUGGCUGAUCAAGACGCGCCUGCAGCUCGACAAGAGCACCGCGGCCCGCAGCGGUACAGGCAGGCAGUAUCGAAACAGCUUUGACUGCCUCAAGCAGGUCAUUCGAAACGAGGGUGUGCGUGGCAUGUACAAAGGCAUGAGUGCCUCGUACCUGGGCGUGACCGAGUCGACACUGCACUGGGUGCUGUAUGAGCAGAUGAAGGCCGCGCUCCGACGGCGCGAGGAGGAACUCGUGCUCAGUGGCAGGCCCAAGACGACCUGGGACACGGUUGUCGACUACACGGGCAAAGUGGUGGCGGCGGGAACCGCAAAGUUGCUCGCAGCCGUGCCCACUUACCCGCACGAGGUCGCUCGCACAAGGCUCCGACAGGCGCCCAUGGCCGACGGCAGACCCAAGUACACGGGUCUGGUCCAGUGUUUACGAACUGUGUGGAUAGAGGAGGGCGCCGCAGGUCUCUGGGGAGGCCUGACACCGCACCUGCUGCGCACUGUUCCCAGCGCCGCCAUCAUGUUUGGCAUGUACGAGGGCAUUCUUCUGCUGCUCAACGAGCCUGAAGCGCCAAAGCUGGAUGAUCAAAAGGCACGAUGAGGAUUCGUACUGCCGGGCCGUUGAUCAUAUAUUCACCAUUCACCAUUCACCAUUCACCCACUUCACCCUGUACCAUUUCAAAGCGGCAGUGGGCUUCUCUCAGGGGGGACCCCUGACUUGUACAUCUACUAAUACUCUCUGCACUAUCCAGGAGAUAUCACGGCAUGAUAAGUAUCUGCUCUUCUCAUGACACUUUCUUGUAUACCACUGCUACUUUCCUUUCUGUAUUAUUUUUUAUUUAUUUUUUGUACCAUAGAUGUGCAGUAGCGGCGGGAAAGGCGGCCACCAAUACAGGAGUGAAAAGUACCUGGCCCAAAGGAGAGCCAGGUCGGUGUGUACGAUAGGAAACAAGUACGAGGGGCGAGGAUAGAAAAAAAAGAUGAGGCUGUAUAUAAUGCCGAGCAUGACAGGCUGACACCUGCGACAGAGAGGACUGUAUAUACGAAUCCUCCUAUCCACAUUAUGUCCCCCUGAGCUUCCACCUAACAUAGCGGCGUUUGUGAUCAAUACACAGGCGCAAUAAUUACACCUGCGUGUUACCCGGAA